ACGCGGCGCAGACGCCAUCUUGAGGACACCCCAAACGCAUCGCUUGUCUGGCGGCGGGCGGUUGAUAAACCGUCUCCAGCUCAUCAUGAAGGGAUUAUUUACCUUCAAAUAACACAGCACAGUCUCAGUCUCAGGUUACCAGACUUACAGGGAGGGCGACGAAGAGCUGGGCAGCGACAUUUCAUUGCUGUUGGUUGUUUUUUUUUAAACGAGGGCGGCGGCGCUUGUAGCCCGAUGGCCGGUUAGCUUGCUCCUCGCUGGACUCCGCCGCGGCCUGCUCGGGAGGAGGAAGGGUGGUGACGGCGCAAAAUGCUCCGCCGCUGACUGCCUCCCAAACAACACACAUACACGCAGUCCUGCUACAUUAAUAACGCAGACUCAACGAGAGUGAGACGGCCACCACGAUGCACUUAUAGAUUUCAGUUUACACGUCGUUAACUUUGUGGGUUUCUUUUUUUUUUUUUUUUUUGGUUGUUUUUGUUGCGUGAAGCGAACAGCCAGCCGGAGACGGCAUCAUGUCAUCCAACUGCACCAGCGCGGCGGCCGUCAGCGCCAGCAAAACCAAGACGAAAAAGAAGCAUUUUAUAGGACAGAAAGUGAAGCUGUUCCGAGCAAGCGAGCCCAUCCUGAGCGUGUUGAUGUGGGGAGUCAAUCACACGAUUAAUGAGUUAAGUAAUGUGCCUGUACCUGUGAUGCUGAUGCCAGAUGACUUUAAAGCCUACAGUAAGAUCAAAGUGGACAACCACCUAUUUAACAAAGAAAAUCUACCGAGUCGCUUUAAGUUUAAAGAGUACUGUCCCAUGGUGUUCCGAAACCUGAGGGAGCGCUUCGCCAUCGACGACCAGGACUACCAGAACUCUCUGACCAGGAGUGCCCCGCUCAACAGCGACUCCCAGGGCCGCUUCGGCAACCGCUUCCUGACCAGCUACGACCAUCGCUUUGUAAUCAAAACUGUUUCCAGUGAGGACAUCGCUGAGAUGCACAACAUCCUAAAGAAGUAUCAUCAGUUCAUAGUGGAGUGUCAUGGCAACACGCUGCUCCCUCAGUUCCUGGGCAUGUACAGGCUAAUGGUGGACGGCGUGGAGACGUACAUGGUGGUGACCAGGAACGUUUUCAGCCAUCGUCUCACCGUGCACCGCAAGUACGACCUAAAGGGUUCUACGGUUGCAAGGGAAGCCAGUGACAAGGAGAAGGCUAAAGAACUUCCUACUUUUAAAGACAAUGACUUCCUGAAUGAAGGGCAUAAGUUACAGAUAGGAGAUGAUAACAAGAAGUACUUUUUGGAGAAGCUAAAACGGGAUGUGGAGUUCUUGGCCACCCUGAAGAUCAUGGACUACAGCCUACUGGUAGGCAUCCAUGACGUGGAGCGGGCGGAGCAGGAGGAGAUGGACGUGGAGGGCGGCGGAGACGAGGAGGAGUUUGAGAACGACGAAAUGGGUCGAGGCGUGCUGACCGGUUCUUUCGGCACGCCUCCGGACAGUCCUGGAAACCCCCUUAACUGCGGAGGAUUCUUUGGCCCCGGGGAGUUCGACCCCUCUGUGGAUGUUUACGCAAUCAAGAGCCACGACAGUGCUGUGAAGAAGGAGGUUUACUUCAUGGCCAUUAUUGACAUCCUCACGCACUAUGACGCUAAGAAAAAAGCUGCACAUGCUGCCAAAACUGUGAAACAUGGGGUGAGUCUUCUAAUGCGAGUGUUUGGAUGCGGCGCCACUCUGCUAAUUGUUGUGCUCUACAUCAUGCCAGUAGUUGCUGUUUUUUAGGAGCAGAGUGUAAUU